GGCCGCUGCGUGGACCCGUAAACCCAACAAGGACUCUCCCGAGAUGUCUCCGAAGAUCAAGGCGGGCUCGGUGGUGGAGAUGCAGGGAGACGAGAUGACUCGAGUCAUCUGGGAGCUGAUCAAGGAGAAACUGGUCUUCCCGUACCUGGAGCUCGACCUGCACAGCUACGACCUCGGCAUGGAGAACCGAGACGCGACCGACGACCGGGUGACGGUGGAGGCGGCGGAGGCGGUGCGCCGCUACAACGUGGGCAUCAAGUGCGCCACCAUCACGCCGGAUGAGAACCGCGUGGAGGAGUUCAAGCUGAAGCAGAUGUGGCGCUCGCCCAACGGCACCAUCCGUAACAUCCUGGGAGGAACCGUGUUCAGGGAGGCCAUCCUGUGCAAGAACAUCCCGCGCCUGGUGCCCGGCUGGAUCAAGCCCAUCAUCAUCGGCAGACACGCCCACGGAGAUCAGUACAAAGCCACUGACUUUGUGGUACCCGGGCCUGGCAAAGUGGAGAUGACCUACACCCCCACGAACGGGGAGCCCGUUAAAUACGUCAUCCAUGAGUUCAAGGGCACAGGGGGUGUUGCCAUGGGGAUGUACAACACAGACAGUUCCAUCAGGGACUUUGCCCACAGCUCCUUCCAGAUGGCCCUGACCAAAGGCUGGGCUCUCUACCUGAGCACCAAGAACACCAUCCUGAAGAAGUACGACGGGCGCUUCAAAGACAUCUUCCAGGAGAUCUACGAGAAGGAAUAUCGCACCAAGUUUGAGGCCAAGGGCAUCUGGUACGAGCACCGUCUGAUCGACGACAUGGUCGCACAGGCCAUGAAGUCUGAGGGAGGCUUCAUUUGGGCCUGCAAGAACUACGACGGAGACGUGCAGUCUGACUCUGUGGCACAAGGCUACGGCUCCCUGGGCAUGAUGACCAGUGUGCUAAUCUGUCCCGACGGACGCACAGUGGAGUCUGAGGCCGCCCACGGCACAGUGACUCGCCACUACAGGCAACACCAGCAAGGGAAGGAGACCUCCACCAAUCCCAUAGCCUCCAUCUUCGCGUGGUCGCAGGGCCUGCUCCACCGGGCGAAGCUGGACAACAACGCAGAGCUGCGGGUGUACGCCGAGGCGCUGGAGGCCGUGUGCAUCGAGACCAUCGAGGCUGGUUUCAUGACCAAGGACUUGGCCAUCUGCAUAAAAGGGCUGUCAAAGUGAGUCUCUUCAAUGACCUGCUUCUGCGUUU